AUGGUGGUGUCCUGGCUUCAACAGAAGGAGGCUGAGGGACGCCGUCUGCUUGUAUGUACAGCCUAUGCCGAACCGGGCCGACAGCUCGGCGUCCAUCCUGGUGGCCGAGAACUGGACUACGAGACAACUCGCUUCUUCACGCUCAGAGUCAGAGUCCAGAACGUCGCCGCCGUGCCGCUCGCGUCCUUCACGACCGUUUACGUCAACGUGACAGACGUGAACGACAACGUCCCUUUCUUCCUGUCGUCCACCUACGAGGCCACGGUUCCCGAGGGGGCGGAAAUCGGCACCUCAGUCGCUCAGGUGUCGGCGACGGACCUGGACUCCGGUCUGCAUGGCAAGAUCCACUACGUGAUCCUGAAAGACGAGAGCGGGGACUCUCAGUUCUUCAGUAUCGACUCGCGCAGCGGUGUCAUCGUCACCCGAGCGUCCUUCGACCGCGAGCAGAAAGCGUCCUACCUGAUCGAGGUCCAAUCGCAGGACGGCUCCGAGUCCUCCAGACCGGGUCAGCAGGGGCAGCCCAACACCGACACGGCCUACGUCAGGAUCUUCAUCACGGACGUUAACGACAACGCGCCGGCGUUCCCCCAGCCGGUCUACGAGGUGAGCGUGGAGGAAGACAAGGAGGUCGGCUACGUCCUCAUCACGGUCACCGCCAACGACGAGGACGAAG